AUACAUGUAACUCCCACAGUUGUUGAMGAGGAACAUCCUGAAACUAAUCARACACAUGAGGUAAAUGACAAGACAAGUGAUGUACAAACAGAGGAGGAUAAUAUGUCUAAUGGAACUAACCCCAACAUGGAAGUACUGUCUAGUAUUGAUGAGUCUAGUAGUAAUGACGCAGAUAGUGAAAAGCCUGAAGGAACACUGURUGCUGAUGAGAGUCUACAGGAGACAAUUCAUGCUAGAAGCCUUGAUGUAGAUGGGUUGGAUGGAAUAGACAUUGAAWCUYCACCAGAAGUACAUUUAGUUGAAAAUAGUGACUGUGUGUCUGAUAACGUUCUGGGAGUUUUGAAAUUUCAGCGAGAGGGAGGCUGUCCUCAUUUCACUGUUACCAUAGAAACAAGUAYAGAUGUGUUGGCACCCUUAGACUUAGGAGCAGAAGMCACUAUCAUAACAAAGGAACUUUUUGAGCAGUUGUUGUUAAAGAAUCCAUGCCUAAAGCUGACUGAUGGAUGUGCAAAGUUGUACAAUGCAAGCAAUGGAAGAGUCAAAACAUAUGGUAGAUGUUGGCUCGAUUUGAAAUUUGGAACUCGGGUGAUCAGGCACCCAGUUUACGUAUGCGACAUAAACACCCCCUUAUUGGUAGGGGCUGACAUUUUGUGGAGAUUAUGUGGUGUCAUUGAUCUAUUCAAUGGUGUUCUUAGAAGUUGUACAAAGGAUGUUGCACAGUUUGCUCAAGGAUGGAAAGGAAUUAACACUGUUCAAGUUGUACCCCAGGUGUGUGAUGUGGAAGUACUGGAGACUAUUACUGUCCCUAAGUUGACUGAUGCCCAGCGCAUUAAGAUGAGAGUCGCCAAAAAUCAAGACAUCGAUGGAAAGGAUGGAACAAUACAAGGUACAGCGUGUCUUUAUCAAAUGGGACUAGAGUUGAUAGAUUGUAUUGUGCCGACGAACAAACAAUGGUUUUGGAUUUAUGUUAGAAAUUCACAACAUAAAGACAUAAUGCUUCACAAAGGCAAGAGAAUUGCCAAAGUGGUAGCCAUUGACUCUCCUACAUUCGACACAAGUAUAAYAGUCAUUGGAGACAAGGCCUUAGGAAAGCAAGCUACAGUGCAGGUUCCUAGUGAUUGCACUGGUACCUUUGAUAUAAAGCAGUUAAGGAUUCAGGAUAGCCCCAUUAGUAACGAAGAUAUCGAAAGCUGUAUUGUUGACCAGACCGGAAUAACUGUGACACUGAAAGGUCUUAAUCCUACAGAGAAAAUGAUCAAUGCUGUAAGAAAUCCUCCAAAUAGUGAAGUAGAGAAGGCUGAGGAACAGAUGGAGAUCAUUGGUUCAGAUUCAACAGAAGUUAACAUCGAUGARCAAAUCAAAGAUGCAGUGGAAAGUGCAGAUGCAGAUGAAGGUCAGAARGAACAAUUAUUGAACUUAUUGCUCGAGUUUAAGGAUACRUUUAGUAAAGGCAAGAAUGAUGUUGGAAGUACAAACCUACAUGAAGUUGAAAUUCCCAUUAACAAUGCAGGUGAGCCCAUAUAUACUAAGCAAUAUAAGAUCCCGUGGGCUGCUUAUGAUAGUUUAAAGAAGAUAAUUGCAGAACUGGAAUCUAAUGACAUUAUAAGACCUUGUAAUAGUACCUAUAAUUCACCUGUGUGGCCUGUUCUAAAAGCAAAUGGGACAUGGCGAAUGUGCAUAGAUUUCAGAAAUCUUAACCGUAAAGUGCCAAUAUCAAGAUGGCCUAUGGGAGAUAUAGACUAUUCGCUGUCACGAUUGAAGAGUUCAAAAUACUUCACCACACUUGAUGUCGCAAAUGGAUUUUGGACUAUACCAGUGAAAGGAGAUGAUCAACAUAAGUUAGCUUUCACCUUUGAUGGUGCACAAUAUACAUGGACUCGCCUACCUUUUGGCUAUGUCAAUAGCCCUGCAGAAUGGAACAUUUUCCUUCACAAAGUACUUCCAGAUGUUAGAGAUAGACACUUGUCAUUGUUUGUUGAUGAUGUUUUAGCUAACAGUGAUGACUGGGAAGAACACUUAAGUCAGCUAAGAUAUGUGUUUGAACAGUUUUCUAAAGCAGGUGUUAAAGUCCCUCUUCAUAAAUGUCAGUUUGCAAGGUCAUCAGUGGAUUAUCUUGGUUACCACUUAUCAUCAGAGGGAAUUUCACCACAGGCAAAGAAAACUCAGGUGAUACAGGACUUGCAAGAUCCCAAGAAUCAAUCACAACUGCGCAGUAUCUUAGGAACACUCAAUUUCUAUAGAAGAUUCAUAAAGGAUUACGCUAAAAUAGCAGAACCAUUGACAAAGCUUCUUCGUAAAAAUGUUGAAUGGAAGUUCGGAAUCAAUGAGCAGACAGCAUUAAAGGAAUUAAAGUCACUCCUGUGUCAAGCACCUAUACUGGGUUACCCACAGUUCUUUGAGGGAGCUGAAUUCAUUGUCGAGUCUACAUGUUCAAGUGAAGCUAUGAGUGCUGUACUGUCACAAAUGCAAGGAGACAAACUCAGAGUUAUUGUGUAUGCAAGCAAAACUUUGUCAGCUGCAGAGAAACUGUACAGUGAGUGUGAGAAGCAUUGUUUGGCAGCUACAUGGGCUAUCUUACAUUUUAAACCGUAUUUAUGUGGUCACCAUGCAAUUGUGAAGACUUCACAUCAUCCAGUAACAUUUCUAGCUAACAAGAACAGCCAACUUUCUACUCGGGUUGGGAAAUGGUCUCUUAUAUUACAAGGGCAGUCUUUUGAGGUUCAAUACAAGAAAACUCUCAAUAUGAAACAUGUUGAAGGUUUGGCAACAUUACAUGACUGCAGCUCAGAACCCAAUGAUAUGGACAUAUCACAACAUAAUAAAUUCAAUCCCGAACUGUGCGAAAGCAUGAAGUGUGUUUAUGCUGAUGGGUGCUCAUUUACGGAUGAAAAUCAAGAAACCAGGGCUGGGGCAGGAGUCUAUUGGCCCCAUCCUGAACUACAUCCACUCAGUCAAGGAUAUCAACUUGGAAAACAAACAUCGCAGUAUGCUGAACUAGCAGCAGUGUUAAUUGCAUUGAUGCAGGCUAUUGAACUACAUCUCAAAGAAAUUGUCAUUUGUACGGACUCUGAAUAUGUUUCUAAGACAUUCUUAGAAUAUUUACAAAGAUGGAGACAGUUAGGAAUGGUAAACAGCAAAGGGAAACCAGUAAAGAAUGCCGCUAUCAUUUCCACAAUCGAAUCAUUAGUCACACAAUCUCAAAUUGAUGUCUACUGGAAAAAGGUGAAGGGCCACUCUCAAGAAGUUGGACAAGAUAAAGAAGGA